AUGACACAUUGUCGACCCUUGCUAAACCUCACCAGGACCGCACAGAACUGUGGAGACACAGCCGAAGGUGGCCGCCAGAGCCUCGUAUGUGGGCCGGACCCCAGACCUAGCGCUGCAAGGAGCCCCCCGCCCGGAUCACAGCUGACGCAGCUGCCUCAGAAAAUCGCUGUGGCCGCUGCCUCUUCCCGCUUUAAUCCCAGACCCACAGUCAUUGGGCAGCUCCUUAGAGGCAAGAAGUCAACACCAUGGCAACCCGACAAGCCUAUCAAAUCACCAGCGGACAUGACAGCAGCAACACCGGCAAGCAAGAAUGGGCUGGGCGGAAGAGCAGAGUGGCCACUACACCCUUUACACGGGCUCGCAGUGGACAGCAGCUGCUGGCCUCCAAGUCAGACUACGUGUGUGCACCGCGGUGAAAUGUCGGUUGUGAGCACUGCACAGUGGACCCGGAAUGAGAAGGAAGCCUCAGGUGCAGAUGACCCGACAGUCUCCAACAUCAAUCACACAACACCCAGAGCAGUCCCUGGGAUGUGCUCCCCUCGGUCUGAGUCAAGGAUUGGAUUGGAGCCAUCAGCACACGCAGGCAGGGUCAAGGACCGAGGGCAUGCCAUCGAAGCUGCAGCACUGCGUGUCACCUGGCAACGGAAGUGA